CGUAAUCUUCCUUGCGCACGCGGUUUAGCGUGGUACUGGCGGGUCGCUUAGGUCGCAUUUGGGAAGUUCCGAGCUCCUUUACUGGAUACAGACGGGACCUAGCCCUCCGGUCUCCGACCCGUCGGCAAGAUGGUGAAGCCCAAGUAUAAAGGACGGAGCACCAUCAACCCCUCCAGUGCCAGCACAAACCCCGAUCGAGUACAGGGAGCUGGAGGCCAAAAUAUGAGGGACAGAGCCACAAUUCGUCGCCUGAAUAUGUACAGGCAAAAGGAACGCAGGAACAGUCGUGGUAAAGUGAUUAAACCUCUGCAAUAUCAAUCAACAGUGGCUUCUGGCACUGUGGCCAGAGUGGAACCAAAUAUUAAAUGGUUUGGAAACACACGUGUGAUUAAGCAGUCAUCAUUACAAAAAUUUCAAGAGGAAAUGGACACAGUUAUGAAGGAUCCUUAUAAAGUUGUCAUGAAGCAAAGCAAGUUGCCCAUGUCUCUUCUCCAUGAUCGAAUCCGGCCUCAUAAUGCAAAGGUUCACAUUCUUGAUACUGAAAGUUUUGAAACUACAUUUGGCCCUAAGUCACAGAGGAAGCGACCAAACUUAUUUGCAAGUGAUAUGCAGUCGCUUAUAGAAAAUGCGGAAGUAUCCACUGAGAGCUAUGACCAGAGCAAGGACCGUGAUUUGGUAACUGAAGACACUGGUGUGAGAAAUGAAGCCCAGGAAGAGAUAUAUAAAAAGGGGCAGUCUAAAAGAAUAUGGGGUGAGCUCUACAAGGUGAUAGAUUCGUCAGAUGUUGUAGUUCAAGUUCUUGAUGCUAGAGACCCAAUGGGUACUCGUUCCCCUCAUAUUGAGACUUACUUAAAAAAAGAAAAACCCUGGAAACACCUCAUUUUUGUUCUUAACAAAUGUGACCUUGUUCCAACCUGGGCAACAAAACGAUGGGUUGCUGUCCUUUCCCAGGAUUAUCCGACACUUGCUUUCCAUGCAAGCCUCACUAACCCUUUUGGCAAAGGAGCAUUUAUUCAGCUUCUGCGGCAGUUUGGAAAGUUGCACACUGACAAGAAACAGAUCAGUGUCGGAUUUAUUGGCUAUCCAAACGUUGGCAAAAGCUCUGUGAUAAACACAUUGCGCUCUAAGAAGGUUUGCAACGUGGCCCCCAUUGCAGGUGAAACAAAGGUCUGGCAGUACAUUACCUUGAUGCGUAGGAUAUUCCUCAUCGACUGUCCAGGUGUGGUUUACCCAUCUGAGGACUCCGAGACCGACAUUGUGCUAAAAGGAGUGGUUCAAGUUGAAAAGAUUAAAAGUCCUGAAGACCACAUUGGUGCUGUACUUGAACGAGCAAAGCCAGAAUAUAUCAGCAAGACAUACAAGAUUGAUGCUUGGGAGAAUGCUGAGGACUUUCUUGAGAAGCUAGCUUUCCGGACUGGGAAAUUACUAAAGGGUGGAGAGCCCGACUUGCAGACUGUGGGUAAGAUGGUUCUCAAUGACUGGCAGAGAGGUCGAAUUCCGUUCUUUGUCAAGCCGCCCAAUGCAGAGUCCCCCGAUACCCCCCAGCUCCCAUCCUCUUCAUCUGUGGAAGUUGCCACAGAAAUAGCCCAGAACAGCCCAGUAGAGGAAGUCACUAAAACUGCAAGUAAAGAGACAGAACCUGUCAUUGAGAAGAAAGAAGAAAACAGUAGUAGUGACACCAUCUCAGAAAUGCAGCAGAUCAUUGCACGGGUUCGGCAGAACUUUGGUAAAAUCAACGUCGUGCCUCAGUUUUCUGGAGAUGACCUGGUUCCUGUGGAGAUGUCGGAUAUCGAUGAAGAGCUGGAGAGUUUAUCUGCAGAGGAGGAGUUGGAGGAGUUCCCACAUGAUGACGAAGAAGAGUCUUUCCCAGAGUCCCAGGAAGAAACCACAGGAAAUGACACCCAAGCAGUCAUUAAAGCCCUGGAUGAAAAGAUUGCUAAAUAUCAGAAGUUCUUAAACAAAGCUAAAGCGAAAAAGUUCUCAGCAGUCAGGAUAGCCAAGGGACUGAGUGAAAAGGUUUUUGCAAAAUCUGAAGAACCGAAAAGAACAACUAAAGAGGAUGUCGAGGAUAUAGUACCCACCAAAAAGGGAAGGAAGAGAAAGGCACAGAGGGAAGAGGAGGAAAAUUCAAAGACGGCUUGCAAGACUCUUACAUCUAAGGAACGGAGGCGAGCAGCACGCCAACAACAAUCCAGAAAAACUGGUGUACGUUACUAUGAGACACAUAAUGUGAAAAAUAGAAACAGGAACAAAAAGAAGACCAGUGACUCAGAGGGACAGAAACAGAAGAACAAAAAAUUUAAACAUAAGUAAUGACAUUUAAAAAAUUGUUUAUUAAAUUAUACAAAAAUA